AGGCCAGCCAUGGAAACUUGAGAAUAUCAGAAACAUGUGGCUGAUUGGAGUCAUGUGGUAGCUUUGCAUCAUCAUCCCCUCUCAUGGCCCCCACAAGUUCUCAAGACGGUAACGAAAACACCAUAAUCUCCCAAUUCCAUUUUCAACUCUACAUCAUAUGCUACUCUCUCUCUCUCUCUCUCUCUCUCUCUCUCUCUCUCUCUCUCUCUCUCUCGCGCGCGCGCUCCCUUUGCCACCCAAACCAGCCCAACCCAACCCAACCAAACCCAGCAGACGCUGAAACAAACACCGGCUUAUACUAAGUAGACCCCUUAAUUAUACGUUACGUGGGACCCAGUUAUUGAAUACUCUGUCUCGGGACCGUGUGAUCUUGAUCAGACGGGGAAUGGAGAAGAUGAGUGCGGCGGCGAAAUCGCCGAGGAUGAGGACCAGGGUUGGAAAGUACGAGCUAGGAAAAACUCUCGGGGAGGGCACCUUUGCGAAGGUCAAGUUUGCUAAGAACAUGGAGACUGGAAAGUGCGUGGCCAUCAAAAUCGUAGACCGUGAGCAAGUCCUCAAGCACAAGAUGGUCGAACACAUAAAAAGAGAGAUAUCAACAAUGAAGCUGAUCAAACACCCUAAUGUUACACAAAUGUUUGAGGUCAUGGCAAGCAAAACUAGGAUCUACAUUGUUCUCGAGUUUAUUGAUGGGGGUGAGCUCUUUGACGAAAUAGCCAAAAAUGGGAGACUGAAAGAGGAUGAUGCCAGAAGAUACUUCCAGCAGCUCAUCAAUGCUGUCGAUUACUGCCAUAGCAGAGGCGUGUACCAUCGAGAUUUGAAGCCCGAAAAUCUUCUUCUAGAUUCGUGUGGCCGCCUUAAAAUUUCAGAUUUUGGACUGAGUACGUUCGAACAGCAAGUGCGGGAAGAUGGGCUGCUUCAUACUGCCUGUGGAACUCCAAAUUAUGUUGCUCCUGAGGUGCUCAAUAACAAAGGUUAUGAGGGUACAUCAUCUGAUAUUUGGUCUUGUGGGGUCAUUCUCUUUGUGCUUAUGGCUGGUUACCUGCCUUUUGAUGAACCAAAUCUUAUAGGGCUGUACAGAAAAAUCUGCAAAGCUGAAUUUUUAUGUCCAUCAUGGUUUUCAUCGGGCGCAAAGAAACUGAUACAGCGUAUACUUGAUCCAAACCCUGUUACACGGAUAACAAUUCCCGAGAUCUUAGAAAAUGAAUGGUUUAAGAAAGACUACAAGCCAGCACAGUUUCAAGAGGAAGAGGAUGUAAAUCUUGAUGAUGUAGAUGCUGUUUUCGACAACUCAAAGGAAAAAUUUGUAACAGAAAGGAAAGAGAAACCUGUAUCAAUGAAUGCUUUUGAGCUUAUUUCUAGGUCAAAGAGUUUCAAUCUGGAAAAUUUAUUUGAGAAGCAAACGGGUCAUGUGAAACGAGAAACCCGUUUUACUUCUCAACGCCCGGCAAAUGAAAUCAUGAAUAAAAUUGAGGAAGCUGCAAAGCCUUUGGGGUUUAAUGUUCACAAGAAAAACUACAAGAUGAAGUUGCAAGGUGACAAACAUGGAAGGAAGGGCCACCUCUCUGUAGCCACUGAGGUGUUCGAAGUGGCACCUUCUGUGCACAUGGUAGAGCUCCGCAAAACUGGCGGUGACACACUAGAAUUUCACAAGUUCUACAAAAACUUCUCAUCAGGUUUACAAGAUAUAGUGUGGAAAACUGAAGAAACUACUGAAGGAUCGAGGAAAUAAAACUCUCCUUUCGGGUUCAUCUCUUCAUUGUUUCUUCUGAUCUGUUUGGCCUAUAAUGCUUUUAGUUCUGAGCCCUAUACAAUGUGCAGGGGAACUGCAGUAAGGAGAUAUGAAGCCCUCAAAAUUGAGGUCUGGAUUCUUUUUCUUUUAA